UUAAAGUUUAGUUACUUACAAAUAAGCAUCGGAUUCCGAUAAUUAAAAACAGUGCCUCGGGUUCUCACGUCCUAGCAGUUCAAUAAGACGCAGUGCUGGCUCUCGUAAUUGCGUUCCUGCGCGCAUUUUAAUACCACAGGAGCGCGUGGAAUGUGGAAUGUGGAGCAUCCCCAGGGACUCGCAGAAUUGCAGAGUGGAGUAAAUUGAGCAAGGAAUGAGAAGAAAAUGGGAUAAGGGAAGAAGAAACGAAAGCCACGAGUAGAAAGAUAAACAAAAUGUGAAGGAAGAACAAAGAGAGAGAAACGAAAGAACGGGGCAAAAGCUAUGAAGGAAGAGAAUGAGAAGGAAAUAAAAGCUAAACAGAAAGAUGAUGAGAACGUUAGGAGGAAGGUAUAAGGAAAUGAAGGCUGUGCGGGCGGGUACAUACAUAAGGCGGAGUCGCUCCGGUCUGCAUCACUCAGUCUCCACGUAACCAUGGAGCCGACCGCACCAUGGCCGCUGCUGCUACUAAUCUCGACUACAACCACAGCCGCCCGGGUGUUCCGCAUCCCGCUGGACACCAACAGCACCUUCUCCUGGACACUGGACUAUCCGGCACGUACCGUCAGCAUCGAGGUGCACAGUCCCGCCGAGAAGAACCACUGGGUGGCCGUUGGCUUCUCAGACUACGGGGAUCUGGUAGGCGCAGACCUCUGCGUGCUGUGGACGGACUGGCGAGGUCGAACCCACUUGCAGGACACUUGGGUCGAUUUAAACGGCCGUUCAGUCGUGGACUCCCAACAGGACUGCCUGGGAUUCAGGCACAUACAGCUUAAUGACGUCGUAAAGUUCACUUUCACGAGGCGCUUCGAUACCUGUGACCCACAAGAUUACGUCAUUGAGGAAGGCACGACACACGUGGUGUGGGCGCGGGGCAGAGGCCCCCUGUUCCGGCUGGAAGGUCUCAACGUGUCUAGCGCCGCUCACAGCGGAAUGCAGCGGACGCAACUGCUGAAGAACACUUGUCCUCUUCCCUCACACCCGAGGGACACGUGGCACCACGACAUCCUCAACAGCGAGGUGAGAGUGUCUGGCGAUGACACCACUUACUGGUGUCGCAUGCACAGGCUGCCAGCAGCGCUACGCACAAAGCACCACGUCGUCCAGUAUGAGGCAGUGAUCCAGCCCGGGAAUGAGGCACUUGUGCACCACAUGGAGGUGUUCCACUGUGAGGCACCACACACCCAGAUAAUGCCAGACUACCAGGGGCCUUGCUUCUCAGUCGAGCGACCUGAAGUCACCAAGGUGUGCAAGAGAGUGCUGGCUGCAUGGGCCAUGGGGGCCUUGCCCUUCAGCUACCCUGAGGAGGCUGGUCUACCAAUUGGAGGUUCAGAUUUCAAUCCCUAUAUCAUGUUGGAAAUACACUACAACAAUCCAGAGAAGAGAACAGACUGGGUAGACAGUUCAGGAAUACGUAUGUAUCUUACCCCAACAUUGCGGCGCUUCGAUGGUGGUGUCAUUGAAUUAGGUCUCGAGUACACGGACAAAAUGGCCAUCCCACCACAUCAACCUGCAUUCGUACUAAGUGGCUACUGCAUUACCGAGUGUACUGCCGUGGCUGUUCCACAGGAGGGCAUUGUGAUCUUUGGCUCUCAACUACAUACACAUCUGACAGGCAUCAGGGUUUUUACACGACAUAUUCGGGAUGGCCGCGAGCUACCAGAGCUGAAUCGUGACAAUCACUACAGCACACACUUCCAGGAGAUACGGUCCUUAAAGCGACAAAUCAAGAUCCUUCCGGGAGAUGCACUGAUUACAAGCUGCUGGUACAAGACCACAGAUCGCAACAACAUUACUCUGGGAGGCUUUGCAAUCAGUGAAGAAAUGUGUGUUAACUACAUUCACUACUACCCAAAAAUUGAUCUUGAGGUGUGCAAGAGCUCCAUCAGUUCUGAGAGCCUGCAAACAUACUUCAGGUUCCUCCAUGAGUGGGAGGGACAGGCCACUGGACCAGAUCUAGGAAUCUCAGACAACUACGAGUCUGUGAACUGGUCCCCAAUGAGGGCUCGCAUACUCCACGAGCUGUACCACGAGAGUCCCCUGUCCAUGCAGUGCAAUCAGUCCACAGGAGAGAGAUUCCCAGGCUACUGGGAGAACAUGCCCAUCACCCCUGUGCUGUUCCCACUACCACCUCAUCCCAGGGACUGUGCCACACAUCCCUAGGAGCAAUGACCCUGUAGUCAGUCACAUGUAGAUACACUUACGUACAAUAAAUACUAAAUGCAAUGUAA